GUGACAACUUUCGAGGGCUUUCCGAUCCGACGACAGUUUGGAUUAAAGACCCGAAACCACAGUACCGCCUAUUUACCUAACCGAUUCGGCUGGGCGACCGAGGAAAAUCCCACAGACAAACCGCGCGUGUGCCAAAAAAAGAAUAUAAAUCCAUUUAUGCUUCGAGUUUAAUGGGUGCAUUUCGGCUGUGAUUCGCAUGCAAAUUCGGCGUUCGCUAAAAACUGUGAAACUAGUGCCAUAUUAAUAUUUAUUGAUUUUAAAAAUCAAACUUUGACUAUUAGAACGCGCAAACAAUGAGGAACUGAAGGGGAAACAUUUGAUUUGAGGUGUGCGACGCGCGCCAAAGUCAAAGUCAAAACAAAACACAUUUCCGGUGGCCACAAAUCGUUUGGGCCAAAUUCAAUAGAGCGGAUAAAAAACGCAGCCAGUGGGGCAUUCCAAUUGUAAUUGGGCUAUUUUCGCCCCCUCAAACGCAAACACAGUGUUUGUUUCCACCCACGGAUCGAAAAUGAAAGCGAAUCCAGCCGCGGAUCACGUUUACUUCAACGACGGCUUCAAGUGCUCAACCAUCAGCAUCAGCACAAACGUCAGCGAACCAAAUGGAAGUAGCAACAGCGUGGGAUCCCAAGGAUCCAAGGAGUUUAUACUGACCGAGGACGGCAAGAAGGUGAAGCCCCCGUCGAGCACACUGGACUGCACCCGCAGUUGGCUGCAGGAUUGCCAGCGACGCACCUUCAACCGCAAAACGCUGCACAAGAGACUGCCGAUCUGCGGAUGGCUGCCGAAGUACAACAGCCAGGAUGCAGUGGGCGACCUGGUGGCCGGCAUCACCGUGGGUCUCACCGUGAUCCCACAAGCACUUGCCUACGCAGGCAUUGCCGGACUUCCCGUGGCCUAUGGCCUAUAUGCUUCCUUUGUGGGCUGCUUCGUGUACAUUUUCCUGGGCAGCUGCAAGGAUGUGCCCAUGGGUCCUUCGGCGAUUGUGGCCCUGCUUACUUAUCAAGCUGCUCAGGGAUCGUGGCAGAAGUCGGUGCUCCUGUGCCUGCUCAGUGGAAUCGUGGAGCUGCUGAUGGGUCUCUUUGGACUGGGAUUCCUCAUUGACUUUGUCUCUGGCCCUGUGUCCUCGGGAUUCACUUCCGCCGUCUCGCUGAUCAUCCUCACCUCGCAGAUCCAAAGUGUGCUGGGCAUCACGGCCAAGGGCAACACUUUCGUGGAGAUCUGGACGCAGGUCUUCCACAACAUCGAGCACACGAGGGCAGGAGACACGGUGCUGGGACUCACCUGCAUAGUGGUCCUUUUGCUCAUGCGCAGUCUCUCCUCCUGCCGAAUUGGACCGUCGGACGAGGAGGAGUGCUCACCCUUCCAGCGCGCUGUGAACAAGAUCCUCUGGAUUGUGGGCACCGCUCGCAAUGCCAUCCUGGUGGUGGUCUGCUGCCUAAUGGGCUAUUUGCUGCACAGCGAGGAGCACGGAGCUCCUUUCCGGGUGGUGGGAGACAUACCACCUGGACUGCCCAGCGUUCAGAUGCCGCCCACCUCGCUGAGUGCUAACGAAACCAGCAACGGAGUCGCGCAGGGAUUUGUGGAGAUGGUGCACAGCAUGGGCUCUGGUCUGGUGGUGAUUCCGCUGAUCUCCCUCAUGGAAAAUAUAGCCAUCUGCAAGGCUUUUGCUAAUGGCAAACCGGUGGAUGCUUCUCAGGAGCUAAUUGCCAUAGGAACGGCCAACAUUUUCAACUCCUUCGUGCAGGCUUUUCCGGGAACUGGAGCUCUGAGUCGUGGAGCAGUCAAUAAUGCCAGUGGGGUUCGCACCCCGUUGAGUAACAUUUAUUCGGGUGGUCUGGUGAUGAUUGCCCUGCUGUUUCUUACCCCGUACUUCUACUUUAUUCCUCGACCCACCUUGGCAGCCAUCAUUAUAUCCGCAGUGGUAUUCAUGAUCGAAGUUAAGGUGGUCAAGCCCAUGUGGAGAUCAAAAAAAAGUGAUCUGGUGCCUGGAGUUGGAACCUUUAUUGCCUGUCUUGUUUUGCCUCUGGAGUGGGGCAUUCUCAUUGGAGUGGGACUCAAUGUCAUCUUCAUUCUCUACCAUGCAGCACGUCCCAAGCUGACCACAGAGCUGCUGACCACUCCGUUGGGAGUGGAGUACUCCAUGAUCACCCCAGAUCGAUGCCUCAUCUUUCCCUCCGUGGAUUACGUGAGGAAUCUGGUCAACAAGCAGUCCCUUCGACAAAAUGUACCUGUGGUCAUUGAUGCCUCGCAUGUCUACGGAGCUGAUUUCACAACGGCCACAGUUAUCGACUCCCUGAUUAGUGACUUCAACCAGCGCGGACAGCUUUUGUUCUUCUACAACCUAAAGCCGAGCAUCUGCUCCAUUUUCGAGCAGGUUUCGGCGGCUCAAUUCGUGGUCUACUACCAGGAGCAACAGUUGGACGAACUGCUGAAGGAGCGGCACUACGUACAGAAACGCCUGGAGACGGCAUGAACUCCUCUUCCUCAACACGUGAUACAUCUAGAUUAGCCUAAGUGUUUGCUUUAGUUAUUUAUGUUGUAAAUAGAUUGCGAAGAAAUUGUUGAGUAUUAGCCAGAGCACAAACACUAUUAGAACUUGUAAGACGACCAAAUAAGUUUAUUUCUUAACUAAUUAAUAAUAAUGAACAAAUAAUUAUUAUUAGUGUUUUUAAUUCGCUGGGUGCAAGUAAA